UUGGUGUCAGCCAACCCAUAGUGGCACUAGAGAAUAUUCUGGGAUUUUGUCCCAGUGACCCUGAACAAAUGGCGAUUACGUUUCCAAGUCAUGAUGAAUGCUGUAAAGCAGAUCACAGCUCCAACUUGAUGCCAUGGCGGGUAUCGUGACUAAGGAAGGUGUUGUGCAAGUUGAAGGGCAGCAGUUGUUUUAUCGUCAGACUGCACCAGCUGAGCAGAACUCCAGAUUCUCUGUUCUCCUGCUCCAUGGCAUUCGCUUCUCCUCUGAGACUUGGUUGAAGCUUGGAACCCUCCAGGAACUGGCAGGGGCCGGGUACCGGGCGAUAGCUAUCGACUUACCAGGCUUGGGUAAUUCCAAAGAAGUGACAGCUCCUGCCAAGUUGGGGGAUCCAGCUCCUGACAGCUUCCUCCUGAGUGUGCUCAGGGGUUUGGAGCUGAACUCUGUUGUGAUAAUCAGCCCGUCACUGAGUGGGAUGUAUUCACUGCCUUUCCUGUUUGGGCACCGUGACAUGGUGAAGGGAUUCAUCCCCGUUGCCCCAAUCUGCACUGAGAAAUUUUCCCCUGAGCAGUACUCCAGUGUGCAGACCCCAACACUAAUUGUCUACGGUGAAGAGGACAAGCCGAUGGGAGAGACAUCGUUCAACCAUCUGAGGAACUUGGCUAACCACAAGGUGCAUGUUAUGAAGGAUGCACAGCAUGCCUGUUACCUCGAUAACCCUGAGGAGUGGCAUCAAACAGUGCUAGAGUUCCUGAAGAAUCUAUCCUGAAUUUCCUCAGGCACGCACUCAGCAAACCAAAUCCAAAACUGACUAGUUAAUGAGGGGAUUAAUCAACUUCUGUUAAGUUAAUCACAUGUUAAUCUACAAAUCUGGAAAGAAAUCAGUGUUUAGUACCUGCUGCCCUGCCUUCAAUAGUAAUGUGAUUUUAUUCUAACAACUUUUUGAUGUCUUGAUGUGAUUUAACAGAUUGUGUAGUGUACAGGUGUCAGUGGUACAGACUGAUCACUCAUUCUCCAUAACUUCAACCUAAUGAUUUUGAGGAUACAAUCUGAUUCUGUGAGCACUUCUUAUCUGUUGGUCCUUUGCUGCCUUGGUGUCCUGGGUUGUUAUCAGUCAAGAGUGGAAGGUGGGUGAUAUCACCAGUAAUACCAUUCCAGAACUGUCUGUUGCAAGAUUUUCAAUCAUCCGCUCAUACCAGCACAUGAAUUGGCAUAUUGAGGUUAUGAACCCUUGGAAAGUCAAUAAGUUCUAUUUCACUCCCUUCAACUCAUCAAUGUUCUGUUUUCAAGGGCAGCACGGUGGCUCAGUGGUUAGCACUGUUGCCUCACAGCGCCAGAGACCCGGGUUCGAUUCCCGCCUCAGGCGACUGACUGUGUGGAGUUUGCA